AUGGCAUACAAUGUUUCUUCAACUUCUUUUACAUCCAACAUUUCCCAACCAAUCCACGACGUUUUCAUUAGCUUUAGAGGCGACGACACUCGAUGGUGUUUGGAAGAGCUUGUGAAAAUCUUGGAAUGUAAGAAAAAUAAUGGACAGAUUUUAGUGCCAAUUUUCUAUCAUGUACAUCCAACACAAGUAAAGAAUCAGACGGGUAGCUAUGCACUUAACUUGGCGGAGCAUGAACAACUUAGAGAUAUGAACAAGGUUCAAACAUGGCGGCUAGCUUUGAAAGAGGCAGCAAAUUUUUCUGGCUGGGAUUGCUUAGGGACAAGGAUUGAGUCUGAACUGGUAGAGCAAAUUGCAAUUGAUGUAUUGCAAAAGUUGGACUCUAUAACAAGUGGGGGAUUAGAAAGACGUAUCAACACAUACAGGAAAAUUGCACAACAAAAAUUGGAGAAAUCAUUGAGAACUGGUAAUCUUGCAGACAUCGAUGAUCUAGUCAAAACAUUAUACCAACUUGCAGAACUAAAAUUAGAGAAAGCCACACGUUCAGAUGAUUCAGGUGUUUUGGAUGAUCUUAUGGCUACAUAUGAACGUAUCUUACAACUUAAACAAGACAAGUGGAUGCGAACAUAUAGUACAAAAGAUUUAGAGGAUUUUAAGGCUACAAGGAAUCAUGUAUUGUAUAUUCAGAGAGAGCAAUUCAAUCGUAAGAUGGGGAUCCGUGGUAUAUAG